AUGAGGGUGGCAGCUCUGAUCAGUGGUGGGAAGGACAGCUGUUAUAAUAUGAUGCAGUGCGUUGCUGCUGGGCAUCAGAUUGUUGCUUUAGCAAAUCUAAGACCUGCUGAAAACCAAGAGGGGUCAGAUGAACUGGAUAGCUACAUGUAUCAGACAGUAGGUCAUCAUGCCAUUGAUUUGUAUGCAGAAGCGAUGGCUCUUCCCCUCUAUCGCCGUACCAUAAGGGGAAAGAGCAUGGAUACGGGACCAGUGUACACCAAAUGUGAAGGUGAUGAAGUUGAAGAUCUCUAUGAGCUUUUGAAACUUGUUAAGGAGAAAGAAGAAGUAGAGGGAAUAUCAGUAGGUGCUAUACUCUCUGACUAUCAGCGUGUUCGAGUAGAAAACGUGUGUAAAAGGCUUAAUCUCCAGCCUUUAGCUUACCUUUGGCAGAGAAACCAGGAAGAUUUGCUCCAAGAGAUGAUAUCAUCUAACAUUCAAGCAAUCAUCAUCAAAGUAGCAGCUCUAGGUUUAGAUCCAGAGAAGCAUCUUGGAAAAACCUUGGAUCAAAUGGAGCCCUAUCUCUUAGAGCUUUCUAAGAAAUAUGGAGUCCAUGUUUGUGGAGAAGGUGGAGAAUAUGAAACAUUCACUUUGGAUUGCCCUCUAUUUAAGAAGAAAAUAAUUGUAGAUUCAUCAGAAGUAGUCACACAUUCAGCUGAUGCAUUUGCACCUGUGGCUUACCUACGCUUUUUAGAAUUGCACUUGGAGGACAAGGUGUCCCCAGUACCUGACAACUGCAGAACAUCUAAUUAUAUACAUAACUCUUGA